AGUUUUUAACGUUUUGGAAAACUUUAAGAAACAAAGAUUGCCAGGCCUUGAAAUAUUAAGAAAACUUCGGACUUCGUAAGAAUCCACAGAACACUGAGAGAAACUCUGCAGGAAGACAUUGAAGCUUGUUGGCAUUGAAACAGGCCAGAAGAAAAGGCUUCAAUACUGUGCUGGGAGCGAGUCAUACAGAGGGGAGUUCAAUGGUAAAACUGAAGUCCUGCAGAGAUCCUACAGACAGGUGUCACCCACACCGGCAGGACUUCGUGUUUAAACUGUACAGGCAGGGUGGUGCUCUAACACAGAGGCGAAGGAAAUAGUGGGGCAGGUGAAGUUAAACACUCAGCAGUCCGGCUCAUGGGAGUCAUGGCAGUCAAGCUUCACGGUGCUGAAACAGGGAAGAGAAGGUGCAGGACACUGUGGCUGCACAAUUUGGAAGCCCGAGCCUUUUAAAUGACAUGGGUUUAUAGAAUUAGGACUUCUCAGGCUUGUAGAUUUCAAGUUUACAAGACGGUCUGUGAGCUGUUUUGUUUUGUUUAUUUUGUGCAUUAAGACAUGCUCUAGAACUUCGUACAGGAAUGCCCAGUUUUUCAGAUCUCUGCUUUGUAAAAGCAGUCGACACCUUUGCUUUCUUGUCUGAUCCAGUCCCAGAGGUGACACUGACUUAUUGGUGCAGUGGCUUCAGAAAUAGUGAUUGAAAAAAAAAAUUCUGUGAUGUCUCUUUUCGACCGGGGUGCUGUUGGUGACCAAGGACUAAAAACAAAAGGAAAAAAACAAACAAAACCUCGACGAGUAUUGACACUUCAAACAUUGGGUGCCUGGAAAAACACUCCGCUCUGCUUCCAGUAACGUGAGCCCAUUUGCAUUUUUCAAGAACAGCGUCUUUGGGAAUUUCAGAAGGAGGAUGGGCUGGCGGUUCUCUAGCUGUGACACACCGGGGCUGCCUGGAGCCCGGCUCCUUUUUCUCCAGCUGGCAUAAAAAUGUGUUCGUGAGGGCGGAAGCGCCAGGAAUUCCAGUGUUCCGAGCGAGAGCUGCAAACGGAGGAAGAGCUGGCUGUGUGGAUCACAGGGUGUGUGGUUCUAGAAACCCCCCACACCCUGCUGGCUCUGACUCUGGCUCUGGCUCAGCUCCUGCCUGCAAUUCCAGGAGAAAUGUGGGGCGGUGAGCGGGCGGAUGGAGGGGUUGAGCCUGAUUUGGUCAUUCCUGUUCUUCUGGUUGCACAGCACGGGUCACAUGUUGAAGCGCCUGCUUCAGCCUUCACACAGUGGGAGAAACUGGACUGGCCAGGUCAGCAGGUCAGGUGCCUUGGCGUGACAUUGUGACACAGCGGAAUUGUGGGACAGGGACAUUAGAACCCCCCACCCCCCACCCCCCCCCAGCUCAAUAGCACGGGUUCUGCUCCUGAGGCAGGGGCAAGAGUCAGGGCAGGGUGAGUGGCUGUGGACCCGGGCGAUGUCGAGCACAGACCCUGAUCUUCAUGCCUUCUGUGGCUGAUGACACUGCACUUCCAGCUACAGUAGGGAAUUCCUCAGAUUGAGGAACCCUCUGUGGACAGCCAGUACAUGCAGUGGCUCUGAGAUCCUGUUGGAGACUGGGACAGACUGGGAACAACACUGGAGCGUGGGGAGGUCCUGGGAGGGGGAUCGGAGUGUGAUAACAGAUCAGCUUCAAGGCUACAGUGUGAAGAGGGACAGGGAGCAGGAUACAGCUGUGGAGAGAGACUGGGAGCAGGAUCCGGCAGUGGAGAGAGACUGGGAGCAGGAUCCAGCUGUACAGAGAGACUAGGAGUGAGAUCCUGGAGUGCAGGGAGACAGGGAGCAGGAUAACACUUUGCAAAGGGGCUGCUAAGAGGAUUGCCGUGUGGAAGUGGGGCUGUGUUUGGGACACUGGUGGAUAACGUUCACAGUUGACAGCAGAGCAGAAACCAGAGAUUCCUUCUUUGCACAGUGCUGUCUUCCUUUUUUUGCGACUGGCUGUCCUGUCCACCAUGUUGAGCUUGAAGCUGCCCCGUGUCUUCAGCAUCAACCAGGUGCCCAAAGUGUUUCAUGAGGACAGCAUCAUCUCGGGAUACCGGCAGCCCUGCAGCUCCGCCACCGACUGUGUCCUGAGUGUCUUCCAGCUGACCAAUGAAACGCUCAACAUCUGGACGCAUUUCCUGCCCACCUGGUAUUUCCUGUGGAAGCUGCUGACAGUGGUGUUUAUGCAGGACGUGUGGCACGAUGCUUUCACGUGGCCAUUGGUGGUGUUCCUGGCCUCCUGCUGCAUGUACCCACUGGCGUCCAGCUGUGCCCACACCUUCAGCACCAUGUCGACCCGCGCACGCCACAUCUGCUUCUUCUUCGACUACGGUGCCCUCAGCUUCUAUAGCCUGGGCUCGGCCAUCGCUUACUCUGCGUACGUGAUCCCAGACAGAUGGAUAGGCAGCACCUUCAGCCGUUAUUAUGUUCCCAUUGCUGUGUUCAACACGGUGCUGUGCACUUCUCUGGCCUGCUAUUCACGGCUUGGCUCACCGUUUCUCCAUUAUAACCAUGACGUCACCAAGAGACUUCCAGAGUGUGAGCGACCAAAGCUGAGCAAAGCCCUUCGCGUUGUGGCCUUUGCUUAUCCCUACCUGUUUGACAACAUUCCCGUCUUCUACAGGAUCUUCUUCUGUGUGGGAGAAGGCUGCACGGACAACGAGACCAAUCUCCUGCACUACCGCCACAUGGCGCUGGCCUUCUUAACUGGCUUCCUGUUCGCUACACACCUCCCCGAGCGACUGGCGCCCGGCUGCUUCGACUACAUUGGUCACAGCCACCAGCUGUUCCACGUCUGCGGAAUUCUCGGGACGCACUACCAGGUGGAGUCCAUCGUCAUGGACAUGGCGCAGAGGCGGCAGUGGCUGCUGGCACACGGCCCCCCCGUCACCUUCGCCAGCAGCUUUGGGGCGGGGCUGCUGUGCGUGGUGCUCAGCCUCGGCAUCAUCUGCGCCUUCAGCCUGCCCCUGUUCUGGGCCCCCGCCGCCCCCAGGAAACAGAAGAGGAGCAGGAGGCCGAGGGCGGCUCCAAAGGCGUCGUCCGACUGACAGCAGCUCUCGGUGGCUGGGAGUCUGGUGCAGAGCGCUGGUCGGGGAGGAGCUGUUACAGGGGACACUGGCUCUGUGAACACUAGUUUUAGGCCAAAGAAAAUGGGUAAGAUGUUUUUUAGGGAGUGGAAGGUUGGGGUAAAAGACUAACUGUUGCACUGUUUUGAAAGAUGGAUCACUGUCUGUCAGCCAAUUUGUCCAUAAUAGCCCAACCAUCUGGAGAAAGGAGCCUCUGCCUGCUGCCCUCCGAUUGGAUAAAUGGGAUACAUUUUUCUUGGGUGCAGUUCUUCACACCGUCCAGUACAGAGCAACUCGUGAUCCACAACAGACUUCGUUUAUAAUGUUACAUUAGGUCCUGUCUAUUAGUUUAAAACACAUAUGCUGUUUUGUUUGAAAGAAGGACCUCACCUUCUCAGGUAAUAUCUUGUGAAUGUUAUUUGCACACCUUGUGUGGUAUUUGCACUUUUUUUGCGAGAGGGGAUGAUCGAUGUCUUCCCCUUCUGCACUAUACAUUUUUUUUGUUUCGGUCAAGAAUUUCUUGAUGGAGUCAAGAGGUCACAAAACACUAGAAAGAAGUCUGAUUGGCUUUUGUCAAUUAGUUCCACAGUGGCUGGUGACCAGUGACCAGUGUUUAUGGUUCAGCGCACAAAGAUGUGGGCAGAGUUUUCUGCAGCUCUGUGUCUGCCGUGUGCACUGUCCUGUGGCCUACUGGCAUGUCACUGUACCCUCUGUCGUUGUCAGUGUCAGAGUGCCCUAUUCUGUUGUCUCAGAGUCCACUGUGUGGCAUAGCCAAGAGCUCCCUCUCCUGGGGGAGCCUGAGGACCCUUCUUGCCAGAUUCAAGAUUGUGUUAUAGCAGGGGCAGGGGUCGUGGAAGCUAAUGCUUCGAACAGGGGACAAAACAGAUGUCAACAGAUUUUUUUGUUGUUGAAUUUGAAGAAAAUUCUGGCUCAGUUGGUGUAGUAGGCCUGAGUUUCAGUGCUCUACCCCUACAGAGCAGAGACAAUCCCUGUCACAGCUGGUAGCUCGGCCUUGUGCGCCUGUGCAGACACUCAUGGAAAAGCUUGGUAAUACGGUGUCUGUGGGAUCUGUGGGAGUGGAAGUGCAGGAGCUGAGAUGGACAGGUCUGAUGUGCUUUAGGAAAGGAAUAUGGCUGGAACUCGCUUUUAAACCUGCAAUGCUCCCAAACAACCCGUGUCUAGACAGGUACCCUUUAAA